AGCUCAGGCCCCGCCUCCCACCCCUUAAUAGCGGACCACCGGCGGGCAGCCACCAGAGCCACCACAGAUCCGCUACCUUCUGGCCAGCAGCACCCGGGAGUGAAAGAGCGACAUGGCGGCGAAGGGCAACCCCGAGAACCUGUCCCUGGUGGUGCACGGCGCCGGGGACCUGCGCCUGGAGAACUAUCCUAUCCCUGAACCAGGCCCAAAUGAGGUACUACUGAAGAUGCAUUCUGUUGGAAUCUGCGGCUCAGAUGUCCACUACUGGCAGCAUGGACGAAUUGGGAAAUUUGUUGUGGAAAAACCCACAGUGCUGGGGCAUGAAGCUUCAGGAACAGUUGCAAAAGUGGGAUCAUUGGUGAAGCACCUCAAACCAGGUCAGCACCGUCCUUCAGCUAGCUGAUUUGUGUAUUUAGUC